AUGGCUGCUUUGUUCUCUGUCCACAAUUUGGCUUUUGCAUUUGGCCUUCUAGGCAACAUUAUCUCAUUCUUCGUGUUUCUCUCGCCGCUGCCAACAUUCUACCAAAUAUACAAGAAAAAAUCAACUGAAGGGUUCCAGUCAUUGCCAUAUAUAGUUGCCUUGUUCAGUGCCAUGUUGCUGAUGUAUUAUGCAUUUCUCAAGUCCAAUGCCACCCUCAUCAUCACUAUCAACUCAUUUGGCUGCCUCAUUGAGACCAUUUACAUUGCUCUUUACCUCUUCUAUGCACCCAAAAAGAUCAAGGUCCAGACUGCGAAACUUAUCACUAUUAUCAUUGGAGGCUUUGGCCUAAUCCUCGCCCUAUCCCAUUUUGUGGUGAAAAAUUCAUCAACCCGGCUUCGCGUUGUGGGUUGGAUUUGCCUAAUUUUCUCUGUGAGCGUGUUCGCUGCCCCUCUCUGCAUUCUGAAACAAGUGAUUCGCACAAAGAGCGUCGAGUUCAUGCCAUUUUCCUUGUCACUCUCACUCACACUCAAUGCGGUUAUGUGGUUCUUCUAUGGCUUUCUCAUCAAAGACUUCAACAUAGCUAUUCCAAACGUGUUGGGCUUCAUAUUCGGCAUUCUCCAGAUGGUGCUCUACAUAAUAUACAAGAACACAAAGGCAGCUAAUUUUGAAAAGGUUCAGGCUGAACAAGUUGAGACUAAGCUGCCUGAAACAGCCCAACAGGCAAUAGAUGCUGCGAAGCUAAACUCCAUGGCCGCCGUUCCAGUGAUCAAUACUCGCCUGAAUGCACAAGAAAUGGCUCUGGAGCUUGAUCAUGCUAAACGACCCAUCGAGAUCCCUGUGUCUGUCUAAUUAUGAUUUCUAU